CAGACGCACAUCUGUAGUGCUUGUUAUCGACUAAUACGAAUUAAACUACACGUCCCAACGUCACGGUAUGGGCUCUUAUAAUUGAUGUGAAUAUGUAAUUGCGCUCCUGUGACUGGUUGCUUGUAAAUUUGCCUUCGCCGGAUCAGACUUCCACAGUUACUGAGGUGGUCUCUCCUCCGUAGCCGCGCGAGGAUGUUAACGUCAACGGAGGCUGCGGGAAUCAACUGUUAACUGCGUGACGAAAAGACACCGUGGAGUCUGACAUGGAGGAGUGGGGUCAAGAUUUGACAGAAGUUAAGGGUCAGUAGGGAAAAUUGAACGGAAACAGUGGAUUCGUCAGUAGCGCACAGGGAGAAUAUCAAGCUUCGUGCGCACUGAAGAAGGCUCAAGACAUUUUUGGACAAGACUCGUACAACUCCUGCUUUCAGCAUCACGCUGAAUGCUCUUUUGAAAAUAUCGUCGUGUUGUGUGUGACCCACCAAAGCUCCGAGAAUGUUUUCGCUCUUCGUGAAACCUGUACGAACCCCGCAAACUGGGCACUGAGUGACCUUUUACGCACGGGAAGCGAUCUGUGGCCACGUAUUUGGUUUUCAUGUGGAUGAACUUUGCACGACAUUUUUAAUGAUUCGUGAUCUGAGCAAGAUGUACCCCGCCGCCCGGCAUCAGGUCCCACACCAGCCGGGCCAGCCGUUCAAGUUCACCGUCACCGAGUCCUGCGACCGGAUCAAGGAGGAGUUCCAGUUCCUUCAAGCCCAGUAUCACAGUUUGAAACUGGAGUGUGAAAAACUGGCCAGUGAGAAAACUGAGAUGCAGAGACACUAUGUCAUGUACUAUGAAAUGUCAUAUGGACUCAACAUUGAGAUGCACAAGCAGGCGGAGAUCGUAAAGCGGCUGAACGCAAUCUGCGCCCAAGUCAUUCCCUUCCUCUCUCAAGAGCACCAGCAGCAGGUGGUGCAGGCGGUGGAGAGGGCCAAGCAGGUCACCAUGGCUGAACUCAAUGCCAUUAUAGGACAGCAGCAGCUCCAGGCCCAGCACCUCACGCACGGCCACGCCAUUCCUGUCCCCCUCACACCGCACCCAGCCGGCCUCCAGCCCCCUCUGCCCCCUGGCACCAGUACUGCCAGUCUGCUGGCGCUCUCCUCCGCUCUGAGUCACCAGCUGCCGCUCAAGGACGAGAGGAAACACCAUGAUAACAGCAGUGAACACGUGAGAGACAGAGACUCAGUCAAGAGCUCGUCUGUGUCUCCCUCAGCCAGUUUACGGCCCACAGAGAAGCACCGCAGUUCAAAUGAUUACUCCUCCGACAGCAAGAAACAGAAGACCGAUGACAAAGAUUUAGCCUCCACGCGCUACGAAAGCGAUGGAGAGAAGAGUGAUGACAACUUGGUGGUGGACGUCUCCAACGAGGAUCCCGUCUCUCCUCGAGGAAGUCCUGCCCACUCUCCUCGAGAGAACGGAUUAGACAAAAGUCGCCUGUUGAAGAAGGAUGCUCCCCUGAGCCCUUCCUCCGUUGCCUCUUCCAGCAGCACACCUUCAUCCAAGUCCAAAGAGAUUAAUCUGAAUGAGAAGUCCACUACUCCUGUGUCCAAGUCCAGCACCCCCACAUCCCGCUCUGAUGCCCCAACACCCAGCAGCACCAUCACACCGGGUCUGAGGUCUGGACCUGGAAAACUGACAGGUGUCGAGACGCUGCCUCCUGGUCUUCGCACACCGCUGGCACUGCCCUGCUCGUAUCCUGGGCCAUUUGGUAUGGUUCCUCACCCCGGUAUGAACGGAGAGCUGAGUGGCGCUGGAGCAGCUUACACGGGCCUGCAUAACAUCUCUCCACAAAUGAGCGCAGUGGCGGCUGCUGCGGUGGCAGCUUACGGACGCACACAAGUGGUGGGAUUUGAUCCUCACCACCACAUCCGUGUCCCUGGCCUUCCUCCCAAUCUGUCUGGCAUUCCUGGUGGAAAACCGGCCUACUCCUUUCAUGUGAGCGCUGAUGGACAAAUGCAGCCCGUGCCUUUUCCUCCAGACGCGCUGAUUGGCCCUGGCAUCCCGCGCCACGCACGGCAGAUCAACACCCUCAGCCACGGGGAAGUGGUGUGUGCUGUCACCAUCAGUAAUCCGACACGUCACGUCUACACCGGCGGCAAGGGCUGCGUCAAGGUGUGGGACAUCAGUCACCCGGGCAACAAGACCCCUGUAUCCCAGCUGGACUGCCUUAACAGAGACAACUACAUUCGCUCUUGUCGACUUCUUCCUGACGGGCGGACUCUCAUAGUCGGUGGUGAGGCGAGUACUUUGUCCAUCUGGGAUUUGGCCACUCCAACUCCUCGAAUAAAAGCUGAACUAACGUCAUCGGCACCUGCAUGUUACGCACUGGCCAUCAGCCCUGACUCAAAGGUCUGCUUCUCCUGCUGCUCUGAUGGAAACAUAGCUGUCUGGGAUCUUCACAACCAGACUCUGGUCAGGCAGUUCCAGGGCCACACUGACGGGGCCAGUUGUAUCGACAUCUCUAAUGACGGGACCAAGCUGUGGACUGGAGGCCUGGACAACACCGUCCGGUCGUGGGACCUGAGGGAGGGACGGCAGCUGCAGCAGCAUGACUUCACCUCCCAGAUCUUCUCACUGGGAUACUGUCCAACGGGCGAGUGGUUGGCAGUCGGAAUGGAGAACAGUAAUGUGGAGGUGCUGCAUGUCACCAAACCUGACAAGUACCAGCUGCACCUGCAUGAAAGCUGUGUGCUCUCACUCAGAUUCGCUCACUGUGGGAAGUGGUUUGUGAGCACAGGAAAAGACAAUCUGCUCAAUGCAUGGAGAACCCCGUAUGGAGCCAGUAUAUUCCAGUCCAAGGAGUCGUCCUCAGUGCUGAGCUGCGACAUCUCCAUCGAUGAUAAGUACAUUGUGACUGGCUCAGGAGAUAAGAAAGCAACAGUCUACGAGGUCAUCUAUUAGACGGGACACAGUCUUAAACAACACUAUCCCUCCAUUGGGACAGUCUGUGACGUCUCCGUCACCCAUGUACAAAUCUCGAUGUGUAUGGAAGGAUUUGGAUUUGAAGAGAAAAAGACCAAACCAGACUUUUUGACUUCCUGGAUGAAAAGGAACAAGCAGAACCAAGCUGCUGUUUUUAAAGAGUUACUUUGUUUUGCCGUGAGAAUGAGUGAACGUCUCGGUGUUCAGUGAGUGUGGAAUGGAUGCUAUUGUUACAGCUCUGGCUAGAUAACAUUCCUUUCAGUAACACUUUUACAAAAGCAUCGGACAUAUUUGUGUUUUUCUUCUUUCUUGUACACUAUCAUUUGUGAUACAUUGUUCACACACAGUAGUCUGACUUUGUGCUUUCUGUCAAUGUGGAGGCUCGAAAACUAGAACUAUGUGUCAGAUCAGGGCUGAAACAUUCCUGACCAACGCCAGACGAUAUCUGUGCACAUCUUGUGUAUCUGCAAAUUAUCUUAAACGGAAGGGGUUAAAAUGGGUUUUUAAAUGGUUAAAAUCAGUGUCAUACAAUGUCACCACCACUGUCUCAUUUUGAAGGGGCCCCAUGCAGUGGCCUAUUUUGCGACGCCCCUGGAUUUUAGUGGAUUCACAGACAAUGAGCUGCAUUAACCUUUUGUUGAUAAUGCCUCGUCUAUAUGCUCGAUAUGUUAUUAGCUCAUACAUAAUUCACCUUUUUUUAAAUUUUUUAAUUUCUUCUUUUGCCUAAACAUCAAACUUCCACCAUCACGUGUGUUAUGAUUGUGUGCAGAACACUUAGGUAACCUUGACAAACAUGUACACGACCGCUUAUUCUUACUAGAACUUACGGCACAAUACCUUAUUAUUAGGAAAUCCUUAUCACUCUUAUGUCUGUCAUGAGUGGAAACUGGGAACACAAAGCUUUGGUUCAGUUUUUCAUCUUCUCAUCUCUGUAAGGUUGCAGGGCAAAUGGUAGUGACUCUGAGUGUAUUCUCAAUACAAGUUUUAAACUUCUAAAAAUGGUAGUAGACAUUUCAUCUUGUCCUUGUUGCUUUCACGAAUGGUUUAAAUGGUUAAGAAGUGUAAAAUAUCCUCCUCUUCACUUAACUCAGCAAUUUCAUCAAAUCCAUCCAUGAGCAUAAGAAGAAGAAGCACAGAACAGACAGUAGAGGUUUGCAUAUUCUGUGAAGACAACAACUCUUUAGCCAAAGCCUAAACUCAAAAUGCCACAGCACUCUUAAAGCUUUUCAAGUGACAAUUAUCAAAAAUAACACAGUAUACAUUUGGCUUAAUUGUUUCCAUCUUUUUUCAGUCUUUCUCCUGAGCUAAGCUGUUGCCUGUGGCUUCAUAUCUGAUUAAAGAAACACUAGAUUGUUUGAACUAAAAUUUGUAUCAGCAAACUUUUGAUCUUAGACCUUAAAAUACAAGUUGCUGCCUUUGGCGUAUAUUUUCUGUUCCUUGAAUGUUAUUUAUUGUGUGUGUGUGUACGUUUGUGUGUCUUUUGAAACGGUGGGCGGUGAACAAGUACAUAAGACAUGUUGCCCUCGGUGACCUCACCACAGACUGACCUUUGCACUCGGUUCUUCCCCUUCACGUCAGACUUUUCUGGACGCUUGCUGGAUUCUGUCCAACAGAUGUCAGUCAAACUGUUCGGCAAAGCAGUCGUGAUUGUUCUUGCAUUUACUUUUGUCAGCUUGUAGAAAUAACACAGUGCCUUGACGCCGCUGCGAUUCUGACUCCAUUUUGCUGAAACAUGACAAGACUCUGCUCGAGUGGUUUUUAAUGAUUACUGUUGUGUAUCUUGAUCGACUCAUUAAAAAGCAUAAUUUAUUGGCAAAGUAACAUAAAUGUAUCCCCAGAUUAACCGGGUUGGUUUGUACCGAUUGUCUGUACUCCAGUUGUCCUCAUAUAGGCUUUAUAUGAGACUGGACGUAGACUUCAGGUUGCAAAACUAACUCCCUGUAAACCUUGACAUUUGCAAUUUGGCUGUCACCAUGACAACCAGAAAAUUCACUGACAUCAACC